GGAUCUUCCGGUUACCCUCUUUUUAGACGCCUUCAAGAUGGGGCGCCGACCAGCUCGUUGUUACAGAUAUUGUAAAAACAAGCCAUACCCCAAGUCAAGGUUUUGUCGUGGUGUUCCAGAUUCCAAGAUCCGUAUCUUUGAUCUUGGCAAGAAGAAGGCCUUGGUAGACGAGUUCUCACUAUGCGUGCAUCUCGUGUCUGACGAGUUGGAACAGUUGUCAUCUGAGGCACUGGAAGCCAGCCGUAUCUGUGCAAACAAAUACCUUGUGAAGAACUGCGGCAAGGACUCUUUCCAUUUAAGAAUGCGAGUGCAUCCCUUCCAUGUUUGCAGAAUCAACAAGAUGUUGUCAUGUGCUGGAGCUGAUAGGCUUCAGACAGGGAUGCGUGGCGCCUAUGGUAAACCUCAAGGAACUGUCGCCCGUGUGCGCAUCGGCCAGUCCAUAAUGUCCUGUCGUGCAAGGGAAAACAACCGAGCUGCAGUUAUUGAGGCCCUCAGGAGAGCAAAGUUCAAGUUCCCAGGAAGACAGAAGAUCUUCGUGUCAAAGAAAUGGGGCUUCACAAAGUGGGAGAAAGAUGUGUACGAGGAGAUGAGGCAGGAUGGACGUCUCAUUUCUGAUGGUGUCAACUGUCAAUACAAACCCAACAAGGGUCCUCUGAGUGCAUGGAAGCAUCUUACUACCUUGCGGCUGUCGUGAAAGCUUUCACAUAAAUUAUAAAGACAAACCAAUCAUGUGAUUAAAAUCUGGACACCAGGA